AUGAAGACAUGCACACUCUUUUCUGUCAUUGCGCUUGCUUCGGCAGUUGCUGCACUUCCUCAGCAGGCCCCAAGACCUCCAUCCUAUGCUCAGACAGAUGAGGACACCAAUGGCAACAUUGAGAACUCGCCUCAGAGACAGCAGAGGCCACAGCCUUACCAAAAGCAACACAAUGGCGCUCCAAAUUUCUCAGGAGACCCCAAGCAGAAUGAGAACGAAGUAGAUGCCGUAUCUGGCAACAGGGGCUCCAACAACCGCCCUCGUCCACAGAGCUACGGCUCGACUAACAACGUCAACGUCGACUCAAAUGGGCGCCCAUCUCAGCAAGACGAAGAGGAUGAGAUCUCUCCUCAGCAAAAUCGCCGGCCUCAAGACAGUACCAAUAACAUGCGGCCACAGAAGGGCAACAACCGCCAGCGACUAGGUCCUGCCAACAACGGCAUUAUGCCAGAGGAGGAUGACCAAGAGAGUGAAGAUGAGGAUCAGCCUGAAGACGAAGAGGACCCGCAGCAACCCGAGGAUGAGGAAGAUCAAGACGAAGAGGACGACGAGGAGCAGCCUGAAGAUGAGAACGAGAACCAUUUCUCUCCCCAGCAAAACUCCAACAACCGCCAACGCCCAGGUCAAUCCACCUCCAACAACGGCAUCCGCCCCGGCGGCAUCGGUGCCCAUUCCGGCAACUACCCUCAAUCCCGCCCAGGCCCCAUUGGCGGGAUCGGCCCAGGCGGCAUUGGGUCUCCCCAAAGCAACAACAACUUCGGCCCAGCUUCCAACCCAAGCCAGAUCGGCGGUCAAUGCGUCUCCCGGCAAGAAGUCAACCAGUUCGUCCGUCGCUUCAUCGGAGUCCUCAACCGCCAGGGCUCUGACAUUGGUGAUGCUCAAGCUACUGCCGAGCAAAUCAUUGCUGAGGAUUACAUUGGGAUCUCGUCCUCGAUCAAUACUCUUGAGGGUGAGGGCGACAAUGGUGAUACUGAUUCGAUUGCGGCGGAGAGUAAGCAGGAGUGGAUUGACGGGAUGUUUAACGCACCGCCCUUCAGGGGGAUUCAAACGCUCAAGGUCCUCGUCUUCUGCGACCAAGUCGUCUGGUACUGGAACUUCGCUUCCGUUGGCAGCGGUCAGUUCCCAGUCAAGGGCUUCAACCUCUUCACUCUCCGCCGUGGCGGUGCUCAGGGCUCCUUUCAGAGUCAAAGCCAGUUCAGCGCCGGCGGCAGUGGUAGUGGCAGCAUCGGUGCUGGCAGCUCUCAACUGCAAGGCGGCGCCUCAGUCCAAGGCUCCGGCUCCGGCUCAAGUUCCAGCCAUAUCCGCCCGUCAGGUCUCUCUGGCCCAGGUCCAGCCUCCGGCGUGCCAACCGGCAACACAAUCCAAGCCAUCAAGCUCGAGACAGAAUUCGACUCCCUCGCAAACGCCCUCGACACCGGGUUCCAAUGCACUGAUCGUGAUGGAAACGACUUCCAGACCUCUGGUGGUCAGGGUGGUCCAAUGGGCGGCAUGGCCAACUUCCAGAACAACCGUCCUCAAGAUCAGGAUCAGAGCCAAGACGAAGACGACGAAGACCAGCUCCAACCAGAAGAUGAGGACUCUGAGGAUUCAGACCUCUUCCAGCAAAAGGAUGUGGGUACAGACCGAUUCGGCGACAUACCACCACAAUCCUCCCGUCAAGGUACCAACAACGUCCAAUUUCUUCAAGGCGGCGGUGGCGCUCGCCUCUCGACCUCUCAGCGCCAAGGCUCCGGCUCUGGCUCUGGCAAUGGCCGCAACUUCAACGCCGGCACAGACUCCAACGAUUUCGACCAAGCUCUCGGUGCAGGUAUUAACAACCAGUUUGACACCGCCAGUCGUGGUCAGUUCGGACCUGGAGGCGGAGGUCGUCUCAACGCCAAUCUCAAUGCCAACAGUCUUGCUGGCGAGGCCAAUGGGGGGACUCUUGACGAGGCUAGAGUCCAGGCCCAAGGACGAGUUGGCGGAGGAGGAGGAGGUUCCACCGGUGGUGGCGAUUUCUAG